AUGCUGUCUACAUCAGUCUCCAACAUCAGACGUACCUUUUCUCCUUCUCCCUCUUGGAUGGUACACUCGGCACCACCUCCUGAUUAUCCGUUCACCUUGCGUUUUGCUUUGCGUCAAGGAAAUUUUCCAUCGCUCGAGAAGAAGCUAUUGGACAUCACCAAUCCUUUAAGUCCUCGCUGGAGACAACAUUUGGCAAAGCAGGAGGUUGAGGACUUCAUGCGGCCAACCAAUGCAACUCUGAGAGCGGUCGAUGCAUUUCUAUCAUCCUAUGGAAUAGACCUGCAUGCUGUUCAUCGCUCGCCAGCGCUGGAUUGGAUUAGUGUAAAUGUGACGGUCUCCAAGGCGGAGGCCAUCCUCAAAACCACAUACAUGUUAUACUCAAACGUCUACUCUGGGAAGAUGUUGCUGAGAUGCGCUUCUUACGACCUCCCGAACGAAGUCCACCCCCACAUUGACACCAUCCAACCUACAAACUACUUUGGGCCCCCCGGGGAACGGGAGAGUGACUCUUUUAGGAGGGACGGUCUUGGUCGUUCAUGCACGCAGCACUGCGUGGAUCCCCUUCAUCUCGCCUCGCCUCACCUCGCAAUGGCUCGCUAUUCGGUAAAACCUGUGCGACGGCGAAGCCAACCUGGCUCUGUUGAUCCACAGUAUCUCAUGUCGGUUUAUGGUUUUAUGAACUACACCCCGUCAUCCAAUCGAAAUCAGAUUGCAGUCGUCGAUUUUCUCGGGGAUCGUUUCAAUCUCGACGAUAUGAAAUCAUUCUGGACAAAAUUUGCGCCUUAUGCAAUGAAUAGUACACCGUCGAUCGAGAAUGUAAAUGGAGGAUCCUAUCCCCAAUACCCGGGAUCAGGUACUUAUGAAGGGAAUUUAGAUUUUCAAUAUGUCAGCGCCCUGACCGUAAGCAUGUGGCAGAAUUAUUCUUGGAAUCGUCCCGCUGCUGAAAUGUACUGUCUUCCUCAAGUAUCCAACAAGAACAGAUAUGACGUCCUAUUGUCUUCCUUGCUGGCCAAAAAGGACCGCGCGCUUCCGACCACAAUAUCUAUAAGCUAUGCGGAUGAUGAAAAUUCGAUCCCCAUUGAUUACGCCACACGAAUUUGUCAAAUGUACGCAGAGCUUGGCGUUCGGGGCGUUAGCGUCCUUCACGCAACUGGCGAUCACGGGGUGGGAGGGACUACGCCUUACUCUUGUCAGAAUACGGGAGGCAUUUUUGUACCGUCAUUCCCUUCAAGUUGUCCUUAUGUUACCGCUGUCGGAGCAACCCGCUCAUGGCCUGAAGUUGCGGCGGAUUUUAGCGGAGGAGGCUUCAGCAAUUACUUCGUGAGGCCUUCGUAUCAAGAUGAAGCCGUGUCCUACUACACAAGCCGGAUGAACGGUCGGUUUCAAGGCAAAUAUAACGAUCAAGGUCGCGCAUACCCCGACAUUUCUGCUCUAGGAAUGACCUAUCAAUGCAUUUUUAAUGGGACCUUUUUUGCUUUCGAAGGUACCAGUGCAUCUACACCCACAGUUGCUGCCAUCGUAUCGCAUCUGAACGACAUGACGCUUGUCAAACAGGGAAAACCACUCGGAUUCCUCAAUCCACUGCUUUACUAUUUGCGGGGCAGGGGUAUGAAUGAUAUCACUGAUGGUGGCAAUCUUGGGUGCAACACAGCGGGAUUCGAGGCCACAGACGGGUGGGACCCUGUUACAGGAUGGGGUAAGCGUAAUCAGUCGCUAUCAAACUGGAUACAGCACUACAUAACACAAACAGGUUCUCCCGAUUUCCCAAGCCUUGCGAACAUCAUAAGCAGCAUGAAUUCAACUCCGGGUGCCAGUGAGACGGUCGUCUCCAUGUUCCCCAGCCCUACAAAUUUGUCGAGAAGCGCUGCGCUAACUGUGGCCUCACCAUUGGUGGGCUCCGAGUGGACACUGAACGCAGCGUACUGCACAUUAUUAUUAUUUCUUUUAUGGUUCAUGUAA